AUGGGUCAAAACAUUGAAUUCCAGGAAAACCAGUGGAAUUCAACCGGUUUACUGACAAUUGCCGUAGACAUAGGUGGGUCGCUCGCAAAGUUGGUUUUCAACCCAAGGAAUUGCAGGACUCUUAUCUUCGAAACAGUGGAGACUGAAAAGAUCACAGAAUUCAUGCAAUUGAUCCACAGGAUCAUAAAAGAGUAUAAUAGCGGAGAUCAAGCCACGACCCGUAUCAUAGCCACCGGCGGCGGUGCUUACAAAUUUAAUGACCUGCUGCGUAGUGAGUUCCCAAGAGUUAUCGAGAUCGCCCGACUAGAUGAAAUGGAAUGUCUCAUUAAAGGCUUGGACUUUUUAAUUCACGAGGUUCCCGAAGAGGUUUUUACUUAUAACGAUCUCGAUGGCGAACAUGUUGUUGUUCCUGAGCACGCUAAAGUGUAUCCCUACAUGCUCGUUAACAUUGGUUCGGGCGUCUCGAUAUCUAAAGUUGACUCCCCUACAAAGUUCACACGAGUGGGGGGUUCAUCUCUGGGAGGGGGCACGCUGUGGGGACUGCUUUCUCUCAUCACCGGGGCACGUACUUACGAUGAAAUGCUAGAUUGGGCGCACAGCGGUGACAAUACCAAUGUUGAUAUGCUUGUUGGCGAUAUCUAUGGCACAGACUAUGGCAAAAUCGGUCUGAAAUCAACUCACAUUGCAAGCUCGUUCGGAAAAGUUUUCCAGAGAGGAACCCACGCAGCAACUGCAGACGGCGUACUCAGCGAGAGGCCGUCUCAAACAAGUACGGAAGAGAUUGAAACUCGUUCCCGAAAAUUCAGCAACUCGGAUAUUUCAAAAAGUUUGCUUUACGCAAUAUCAAACAACAUAGGCCAAAUCGCAUACCUACAAGCCAAAGUGCACAAUGUUCCCAAUAUUUAUUUUGGAGGGUCCUAUAUUCGUGGCCACCUCAUGACUAUGAAUACACUAAGCUACGCAAUCAAUUUCUGGUCCAACGGAAAGAAACAGGCAUUUUUUUUGAAGCACGAAGGUUACCUUGGGGCUAUGGGGGCUCUUCUGACAUUCCAAGACCGGAGUUCUACGUGA